AUGUUCGUGCAUGUAAACAAUAAAGAUGAGUCAAAUGCUGCAAGAAUUCCUCAAAAUUCUCAAAGAGAUGUUAAUCCUUUGCUCAAUAAUUAUGUUGUUGCAACAUCACCAGUUAAUCCCGUGCUUAAACAUGGCAAUAAUUAUGUCGUUGCAACAUCAGAAUAUAACGAUAACAAUGGCGUGACCGGUCUCAUUACUUUCGCCCAAGACGUUAAUAGUGAUAGAACCUUUGUCAAUGGCCUUUUCUCAAGUGGCUUUGAUGAACAAGAGAAAGGUCGUUAUGGUCUCUUUCUCAGAGAUUGUGAUGACAAUGUUAUCUAUAAUUUGACAGGUGAAUUAUGCUUUGAUGGCCAUAGUGGUAUUAAACCAUUUCAAGAUUAUAUUCACCUUAACCUUUCCAAAUAUUUAUUCGAUGAAGACAAUUCGAAACGCCAAGGUGGGACUAAGACUGGUAUAGAUUGUACUUGUAAUUCUGAUGCCUCCGCUAGUGCUACUCCAGUGCCUUAA